AUGCCUUCGUUACUUGAAACAAUUCAGAUUCUUUGCUUCUUCAAUAUCAUUCUUUCCAUAACCACCAUUUUUCUCGUUAGUGCUUUUACUAUUCUCACACAUAAUUCUGGUUCUACCAAUUUACCUUCUGAUCUUUACGUAACAUUUGUGUCUUCUUCGCUUUCUUUAUUGGUUACCAUAGUCCUUUCCAUACCCUCAGUCACUCGCAAAUUCGGAUACACUUUCUAUUUCUUGAUCACCAAACUUAUUUUAUCUAUUUUAUGGUUCAUAAUCGCAAUCCUCAUUAUUGUGAGAGCAAAUAAUGGAUCCAUUCUAGAUCCCAAUUUCGUUGUUGAUAUAGGUUUUGGAUGCGCAAUUGGAGUUUUUAUUUGGAUAAAUUUCGUAUCUUGGAGUAUUUCUACAAUCCUUCACAUUAGAAUACGAGAUAAUAGAGGUUUGAGAAAAAAUAUCGACAAAAGAAUCAUCAUACAGAGUACCAAUUAUAGCCGUAAUAGUUUUUGUUAUGAUCAAGAUGCAAAAGUUUUAACGACACCAAAAAUUAUAAAAGAAAUUGAUGAUUUGAUCAAGAAUCCAGAGACUAUUCAAAAUUCAAAUCGAAACGACCAAACUUCUAUUUCAGAUGUGGACAAUAUAGAAAAACAACCCAUCGCAGAAUUGGAUUAUUCACAUUCAAAUACGAAUACUACUACUUAUACUUUGGUAAAUACGUCAAAUACUGAACGAUCAUUUGUUCCUGCUCCACAGAUAGCCGUAAAGAAUGAUUAUUUCUCUACCCCUGCAAAUGGAUCUGACUAA